AUGGAGGAAAUUCAGAAGCAAUGGGGCUGGAAGAAUAAAGGGAUCCUGCAAUAUCUAACCAUGUUGUUUGUAUGGAAAGCAGUUUCUGGGCAGAUUCGCUAUUCCAUUCCUGAAGAGAUACAGAAAGGCUCUUUUGUGGGGAAUAUUGCAAAGGAUCUAGGAAUGGAUGGAAAGCACCUUUCAGAACAUGGACUGCGGAUUGUUACCAGGACAGGUACGGUUCAGUAUUUUGCUUUGAACUCCAACAGUGGCAUUUUGCAAACUUCUGAGAGAAUAGACAGAGAGGCAAUCUGUGGACAGGCAGAGAAGUGCACCUUAACGUUUCAGGUUAUUAUUGAGAGUAAAUUAAAGAUUUAUGGAAUAGAAGUGGAAAUUACAGAUGUAAAUGAUAAUGAUCCUCAAUUCCCUCCAUGGGAAGAGGAACUUGAAAUCAGUGAGGCAUCUACAUUGGGGUCUCGUUUUGACCUUCCUCAGGCUGAAGAUCCAGACUUGGGUAUAAAUUCAAUACAAAGCUACCAUCUCACAGGGAGCAACCAUUUUUCUCUGAAAGUUCAAAUGGAAGAAAGUGGCAUUAGACAUACUGAGAUGGUUUUGGAAAAAGCUCUGGACCGAGAGGAGCAAUCGGUUUAUGAUCUAAUCCUCACAGCUUCUGAUGGAGGAGAUCCUGUGCGAUCCGGCACUGCUCGAAUCCACAUCGUCAUUCUCGAUGCCAAUGACAAUGCGCCAGUUUUCAGCCAGUCUGUCUAUGAAGUAACUGUCAUGGAGAAUAUUCCUAAAGGGUCCACAAUACUUACAGUAAGAGCAGUCGAUUUGGAUGAAGGAAUUAAUGGGGAAAUAAAAUAUUUAUUCCAUAAAAUUACAAAUAAGAUUUUCCAAACAUUUCUCCUUAACUCUACAACAGGAGAAAUAACUCUGGGUGGAAACCUUGAUUAUGAGGAAUCUUCCUUCUAUGAAUUUGAGGUGCAAGCUAAAGAUGGGGGAGGCCUGAGUGACAAAUCAAAGGUGGUGAUUUUCAUUUCGGAUGUGAAUGACCAUGUGCCUGAAAUAGAAGUAACAUAUCUCAUCAAUGACAUCCUUGAGAACUCACCAGUUGGAACUGUUGUUGCCAUUCUAUAUGUGCAAGAUAGUGAUUCUGGAAUUAACGGGGAGGUCACAUGCUCCAUAGAGCCAAGCCUCCCUUUUCAGCUGAAAAAAUCCAUGGAUAACUUUUACAGUUUGGUGACAGACAAAGUGUUGGACAGGGAGCAAGUGGCUUCCUACAGUAUCACCCUCACAGUUACUGAUCAUGGAGUUCCUCCUCUUUCUACAGCCACUGUCCUACUACUAAGCCUUUUAGACACAAAUGACAAUCCUCCCCUCUUUGCAGAAUCGGCCUACAAAUCAUAUCUCCUAGAGAAUAAUUUGAGGGGAGCCUCCAUCUAUUCCUUUAGUGCAAAUGAUCCUGACUGGGAAGAGAACUCCAGAAUAACAUAUUCCAUCAUGGAAGGACAUGAUCAGUCUCUUCUCUCAUCAUAUCUCUCCAUUAAUUCUGAGACUGGUGUUGUCUAUGCGUUGAGCUCUUUUGACUAUGAAGAGCUCCAGGAGCUUAAUUUCUGGGUUAAGGCCCAAGAUGGAGGCUCUCCACCACUCAGCUCCAAUGUCUCAGUUACUCUCUUCAUUCUGGAUCAGAACGACAAUGCCCCAGAAAUCCUGUACCCUUCCACUCCCACUGAUGGCUCCACUGGGAUAGAGCUGGCCCCCCACUCUUCUGAGCCAGGUUACCUGGUCACCAAAGUGGUGGCCGUGGAUGCAGAUUCCGGCCAGAAUGCCUGGCUCUCCUAUCAGCUGCUGAAGGCCACAGAGCCAGGGCUCUUCACCAUAGGGCUCCACACUGGCGAGAUCCGGACGGCCCGUCCCUUUCUGGACAAGGAUGCUCUCAAGCAAAGCCUGGUGGUUUUAGUGAAGGACAGUGGGCAGUCCCCCCUCUCUGCCUCAGUCACAGUCACUGUGGUGCUGUCCGACAGCAUCCCUGAGGUACUGACUGACCUGAGCAGCAUCUCCGCCCCUGCAGACCCCCAGUCCGACCUCACCGUCUACCUAGUGGUUGCUGUGGCUUUUGUCUCCUGUUUGUUUUUCACCUUCCUCCUUGUGUUGCUGGCACUCAGACUUCACAGGUGGAGAAAUUCACAGUUGUGUGAUUCUGGGAGCUUGAAUUUCACUGGAGUCCCAGUUUCACAAUUUGUGGGGAUUGAUGGAGUCCGAGCGUUUCUUCACUCCUAUUGCCAAGAGGUUUCUCUCACCACAGAUUCUAGGAAAAAACAUUUUUCUGUUUAUUUCCAAAUUUAGAAUUGCACAUCAUACGUUGUACCUUUCCAGAUAGUUUCCUCUUUAGACAAUUACUUCAAACUUCUUACAGAUAGUUAUCUUGACAGAGAAAGGACUCCAGAAUAUAAUAUUACAAUCACAGCGACAGACAAAGGCAUUCCUCCUCUCUCCACACACAAAACCAUCUCUCUACAGAUCUCAGAUAUCAACGAUAACCCUCCAGCCUUUGAAAAGUCUUCCUAUACUGUCUACGUGCCAGAGAACAACCCAUCCGGAGCUUCCAUUUUCAGGGUCAAGGCCUCUGACCCCGAUGUGGAUCACAAUGCCCGAGUUGCUUAUUCCAUCCUCAGGAGCAACAUUGAAGACCUGCCGCUCUCCUCUUACGUCUCAAUUAAUUCUGAGACUGGCACCAUUUAUGCGCAGCGCUCCUUCGACUACGAGCAGUUCAGGGAGUUUCAGAUUCAAGUGCGGGCCCAGGAUGGAGGCUCCCCAUCCCUCAAUGGCAGUGCCACAGUGAGAGUGUGUAUUCUGGAUAGGAAUGAUAACACUCCGCAGAUCCUCUAUCCUUCCCAAGCAACAGAAAGCUCGUCCUUCUUUGAGAUGGUGCCUCGGAUGGCGGAGUCAGGUUAUGUGGUGACCAAGGUGGUGGCCGUGGAUGCUGACUCUGGACACAAUGCCUGGCUCUCUUUCCACCUGCUGCAGGCCACGGAGCCCUCGCUUUUCACCAUUGGGUCCCACACAGGAGAGAUCAAAACCGCCCGAGCAUUACUGGAGAGGGAAGCUGUGAAGCAGAGACUAGUCAUUAUGGUGAAGGAUAACGGAGAGUCUCCUCUGUCAGCCACCGUGACCCUUAACCUCGUCUUUGCUGAGAAUUUCCAGGAGGCUCUUCCGGAAAUGAACACCCAGCCCAGUGAGUCAGAAUAUCAGCCUGAUCUCCAGUUUUACUUGGUGCUGGCCUUGGCCCUGGUGUCCUUCCUUUUCCUUGUGACAGUAACACUGACCAUUGUGAUGAAACUCCGACGGUCAAGGAACCCCACGCUUCUUCAGUGCUUUAUUCCUGAUGCAAAGACGGGAGCCGUUUUCCCCCCUAAUUAUGAAGAUGGGACUUUGCCAUAUUCAUACCAGGUCUGCUUAUCUUCUGAAUCUCGGAGAAACGAGUUAACUUUCCUGCAGCCCACUGCGCAAGUGGCAGAGAAUAUCUUCUGCAAUGUCAAAUCUGAUGUUUCUCUGAUGUUGAAUGGUGAAAACAAUUUGGAUGAUGUAACAGAGAAUGAGGAGAGGAUAUUGCGGGUCAGCACAGAAGAGGGAGAGCAUCCAGAUGUUAUUGCCGAGGCAGCACUCAAGCUGAGAGGGCCAAAAAGAAAAGGGUGCGUCAAUCUGCCGCCUGAGAUAUUGUAA